UUUACGAAUGCUGAAAUGAAUCUAACAUAUAUAACCUUCGGUGGUCACGUGGAAGUGGAGAAAUACCGUUAUCUUUAUUUUGUGAUCAUGUUUAUGGUGUAUGUUCUUAUAAUUUGCAGCAAUUCCACUAUUGUGUGGCUUGUUGUAGUUCAAAAAAGCCUCCAUGAGCCUAUGUACAUUUUCAUUGCUGCUUUGUUAGUGAACUCUGUUAUUUUGAGCACUGUCAUCUACCCGAAGCUUUUGAUUGACUUCUUAUCUGAAAAACAGAUUAUUUUGUAUCAAGCCUGUCUCUUUCAAGUAUUCCUGUUUUAUGCCUUAAGUUGCUCAGAAUUCUUACUGCUGUCAGCCAUGGCUUAUGACAGAUAUGUGUCUAUAUGUAAACCUCUGCAAUAUCCAACUAUCAUGAGAAGAACAAGGGUCAAUAUUUUCCUGGUUUUGUGCUGGUUUUUACCUGCUAUUCAGGUUGCAGUGCCAAUAGUAGGAAAUGCAAAUACACCACUCUGUAACUUUACUCUGAAAGGUAUUUUUUGUAACAAUUCGGUCAACCAUCUUUAUUGUGUCAAUUCAAGAGAAUUAUCUAUAUAUGGUAUGGUUGUUCUAUUUAGUGUUGCACUUUCUCCUAUGUUUUUCAUACUUUUUACAUACAUAAAGAUAAUUAUAGUUGCCUAUGAGAGUUGUGGAAAUGUCAGAAAAAAAGCUGCACAAACCUGUUUGCCUCAUGUGCUAGUUCUAAUUAACUAUUCUUGUUUGCUUAUGUAUGAUAUGGUUAUAGUUAGACUGGAAUCAGAGUUUCCUAAAACUGCACGUUUUAUAAUGACAUUACAGUUUGUAAUAUAUAACCCUCUCUGCAAUCCAAUCAUAUAUGGACUAAAGAUGAAAGAAAUUUCUAAACACCUCAAAAUACUGUUCAGUUAA